CCACUAUAUUCGGCCGCCGAGAGAUUGCUGAGGACGAGCAUUCAAUCUAUGUGCCCCCCCUGGUCACGCCUAGCGAGUUUUCUGCAUCGUCUGUCAGCGUGGAGAGCAGCGCCGCAAUCGCAUGUGCGGGAGCGGCACGAUACGUCGUGGGUCUAUCCGGUCUGUUUGGCUGAUGUCGACAGCACCGACACAAACACGCUGAUUCUGCAUCAGCCCAGCCGAAGCCCACCCACGGCAGAGCAGGCGCAACGGAGCCGAGAGGAGGAUGCGCGCCACCGGGAGGAGUACCGGCAGAUCGAACGGCAGAUAGACGACUCGCUAGCCAAUGAGCUCCUCGAUUGGGCCGAGGAGGAGGACAAGAAGAAUGCUGAGGAGGCCAAGAAGGACGAGUGCGCAUAAGUCUUCUUCCUGUCUGUGGCUGGUCAGCCACUCCCUCCUUGACAUAUUGUCUCGUGUCUCCCGGCGUUUGUCGAGUACAAGGGGGGCUUGUUCAUGUGUAUGUUCCCAUAUUUCAAGACGUCAACCGUUUUUGCAAUGAGGUCACGGGUGUGUGGAUGUGUGGAUGUCUGCACAGACUCAUGACUCGAAUCACAUUGAAAGCGCACAGGUGGUCACAUAUA